AUGUCCGAUGAUACAAAAAGAAAGAGACACAACAAAAAGGUUAAUGGGCGACACGAUGUGUGCACAGAAUUAAAAGAGGAAUCUCGAUACGGUCUUGACUGGUCACUCGCUGGGAAGAUGGGCAGCGCAUUUCCCAGAUUGGAUAAAACCUAUGGACUAAUUAAACCUCUCAUCCCCGCUUACCUACUCGGUCUCAUUGGAGCAACUUAUUUAUCUUCUUUAGACGAGGGGAAUUGUUUGUUAUUUGACCUGUACUUUACUGAUAAUGAAGAUGUAUCUAGCGCUUGGGAGAGUAGUAGUAGUAGUCAUGAGUCUAGAGGAGAGAAAGAACCCUCCCCAUCCUUUGAGUGGUCUCUAAGUAAUAAUAAUCAUCGUGUUGUGCUUGACCAACCAGAGGACAUUGAUAUUAGAGCCUUUUCCCUUUCACCUCCACCUCCACAGUACCCUGUACCUGCUGAUAUUAGACACCCCUCUUUCCUCUCCCCUACACCUCCACAGUACCCUGUACCUGCUGAUUAUCUCAAGGUCGCCGCCGCCGCUGCCCCUCCUAUACUGCUACUCCAAGAAGAAGAAGAGCCACUAGAACUAGAGGAGCCACAAAGACAAGAACAACAACCUCAACAAGUAGUACCUCUGGAGCAAGAAAAGGUGACCAAAAGAAAAAGAGAUGACCAACCAUCCUCAGAACUCUCAGUAAUACCAACAACGUCCUCAUCCUCUUCUUCUUCAUCUGCAAUCAUUGUAUCAAAUAAUAAUAAUAAUAAUAACGACAAUAACAACAAUAAUAAUGAUAUUGUUGUUGAAAAGAAAAAGAAGAGAAAGAUACGCAUUCAUACUAAAAGUAAGAUGACAACGACCACUACUACAACCACUACAACCACUACAACCAUUACCAACACAACAACCAUCUUGAAUGGUGGUGGUGAAAGUGGGGAAGAGAGUAGUGGUGGUGGUGGUAGUGAUGAUAGCAACAAUAGAUCAAGAUCAAGAUCAAGAUCACCACAAAGAUCAUUGUUACUCGACAGAAUCAACAAUGAUAUUCAACGAGAACACGAGUUGCUUCAUAAAAGAGAUCAUUUAAACAACAUUAAGAAAUCUACUACUUCUCCUGUUGCUGCACCUGCUGUUCCUGCUGACUUGUAA